CCUCCCCGAUUUCGCCGUCGGAUCCCCCAGCACCCUAUUCUUGUCCGCUCACCCUUUUUCUUUGCCCGCCUUCGCCACUGCCGCCUGGCGUGCAUCCAUCUGUGCUGGUCGGCCCUCUUCCUCCACAGCUUCCGCGACCCGAUCAAGAUCGGAAGAGCCACCACCACCGCUUUGUCGCGCAAAGAUCGAUUUGGGCGGCGCCGGGCCGCGGGGAGGUCGGAUCUUGGACGGCAUUGGGGGCGGACCGGAGACAGGUGUGUUGUUUCUGAUAGAGGAGGCACAACGGCGGCGGCUACGGCGGCAACGGUGGCGACGGCAGCGCCGUCCGGUGGCGGAGGCAGCGGGUGCCUUGACUGCCUGCAUGAUAUGGUGCGGGCGCUAUCGAUGGGAUCGUGCCUGACGGCGGAGCAGCGGCCAGCCACGGCAGCAGGGGCGGCGCCCCGGGGCAAAGAGCGAGAGGGGAGGACGACGGAUGAGGAGGUGCCUGGGAGGAUCGCCGGCAACGGAGUGGGCAGUGCGGCCUGCCUGUUCACGCGGCAGGGGAGGAAGGGCACCAACCAGGACGCCAUGGUCGUCAUGGAGGAACAAUUGGAUGACACACUGUCUUGGCAUGGCUCAUCGAUCAUCAUCUUUCCCUGCUACCAUAGUGAUGUUUGCAGAUCAAAGCUUUAAUGGAAGAGCGGACACAGUAUUUUGUGGAGUUUUUGAUGGGCAUGGCCCACAUGGCCAUAUCGUUGCAAGGAAAGUUAGAGAUACUCUCCCUUCGAAGCUGUGUGAUUUGAUAUAUGAAGACUAUGGGGAAAGCCCUAUCAGCAACUCAGAUGGCUCAAUUCUAGAAGAGACUUUAUCUCCAUAUGCAGAUGCAGAAGACAAGUCUCCCAUGUCUGAACAGAAACAAGAACAUCGGGAAUUCUUUUGCACAAUGAAAGAUUCAUAUCGAAAGGCCUUUAGAGUAACAGAUAAAGAACUUAAAUUACACAGAAAUAUUGAUAGCAUUUGCAGUGGAAGUACAGCAGUUACUUUAAUCAAGCAGGGUCAGGACCUUAUUGUUGGGAAUUUAGGUGACUCUAGGGCUGUAUUAGGCACCCGAGAUCAAAAGGGUCGCUUGGUGGCUCAUCAGUUGACAGUUGACCUGAAACCUGAUCAUCCAAGGGAGGCAAGGAGAAUCAAGCGAUGUAAUGGAAGGGUCUUUGCUCAUCAGGAUGAACCAGAUGUGGCUCGUCUUUGGCUUCCUAAUUGCAACUCGCCUGGUCUAGCAAUGGCACGAGCUUUUGGUGAUUUUUGUCUAAAGGAUUUUGGGCUAAUUUGUGUGCCUGAGGUCACCUACAGACAAAUCACAGAGAAGGAUGAGUUCAUUGUCCUUGCUACAGAUGGGGUGUGGGAUGUCUUAACCAAUCAGGAAGUCGUAGAUGUUGUUGCUUCAUGCUCUGAUCGUUCCUUUGCAGCUCGUUCUGUUGUUGACUUAGCAAAUCAAGCUUGGAGGUUCAAAUAUCCAACCUCCAAAACUGAUGAUUGCGCAACGAUAUGUCUUUUUCUCUACAAGGAUGACAGUGCUGGUGGUUUAUCAGGAUCUUCUGUUAGUAGCAAGGGAAUUGGCUUCAGUUCAAAGGCACAAGGCCGGUCAACAAAGCCCAGGCUCAGUAGUAAAAGAGUAAGACCUGAAGAUGCAGAUGAUGGAAGUGACUCAAAUGUAAGUGGUGAUGAGAGGUCCUUAGAGAGCUUCACCAGGUUGAACACACUACUGACACUACCCAAGUUCGGUGACACAAGCUCAAUAAGGAAGUGAAGCAUACUCAACUUGCAAAAGCAUACUCAACUUGCAAUCGGUAGUAUACUCACUUGUGUUUUAGCAUUGUUGGCUGUAUUAGCAUGUCCGAUGAGAUCUCAUCCUUACCAUUGGUUCACCAAAGGAUGAGUGGGGUUGCUGUUUUUGUAAAUCCUAACUCGCUUUCUGGCUAUAGAGUAAUGAUUAUGCAGCAUGCGUUUGAAGUGAAUUUUUAAUUUGUUGACAGUCAGUUUCCCCAUUUUUCUAUGGCUGCUCCUCAAGCAUUUCAGUCAAACAAUGUCUGUACAAAUACUGCUCUCCUAGUGACAUCUUUAAUCUUAUUAUCUCAGACAUUGGAACUAUAUUCAGAAGACAAAUCUCUUUCGAUGAUCAA